AAUCCAUUCUCGCGAAACAUGGCCAGGGUAGUUUGUGUCACUUUGUUAAUAUUAGCUUCAUCAUGUGUAUCAGGUAGCGAACCGAUGGUGAUGAGGAGACAGCAUCAAAGAGGAACCGGUUUAUAUUAUAAAGAAAGAGACAAUUCACAUUUCAUUUCCCCGGGCCCAGAUGAUGCAAGUGACUCCGACUCUUCCUAUGGCAAUGGCAGUGGUGCUCCCCGUCAAGAUAACUUCCGCCACGCCCACUUACAAUGGAAAACUUUGAGCAGGAAGAUCCAAGUCGGCACUGCAAAUCUUAACAGUGAACAUUCUGGUAAAUUUCCGUGGAAUGUGAAUGAUCACAAAACAGAGGAGAAUCAGAGACGGGGUGGAAACUUUUUUCAUGAACAUGAUGCUCGACUUGGCAAGAAAGAUGUUUUUCAUCAUGAUGAUCUGGAUCGAAGUUCAAGUUCAACCAGGUCUAGCGAAGAUUUCAUCCCAGGCCAAAAUGCAAAGUCUUUCAGUGUCGAUACACUCAAUGGAACACUUCAAUUUCCCAGUGCAGAUCUGCUGAACAAGUCCAUCAUCUUCCACGUAUUUGACAAUAGAUCCGGAUUCCUAGAAUGUUUGUGGACUUCUGAGGCAUCCCUCAAGUCGAUAUCCUCCAGUCCUGAAAGCCUUCAUUACAUAUUUAUGUCUGCAAGCUCCCAUGCUAAACAGGAUGCAUUGUGGAUGCAGAACCAAAUAAUGAAUAUUUUACAGAAAUUGACUUCGGAAGGUGAAUUAAGGCAACAAGCAGUUUGUAAUCUACAAGCCAGACUUCACUUUGUAACCCAACCCACGUAUGAGCUGGGUAAUUGGCUUCCGGCUAUACUAAUGGAAUGGGCUUGUCAGGAUCAUGGAUGUGGAUUUUCACAAGCAGUCUUCAAAUCAAUUACAGGAAGCUCCUCGGAAGUCAUUCUUAAAAGGUUGGAUGCUCGAUAUGAUUGGUUGCCAUCCCCCGCCCAAGUUUUCUCUUCACCACAAUCCGUAGUGCUUGCUGGAAACGGAUGCUCUACCCGUGAAGAUGUUGCAGGUCGUAUUGCUCUGGUUGUUGCUGGGGACUGUAGCUUCGCUGACAAGGUGAAAGAAAUGGAAGCCUCAUCUGCAGUCGGUGUUAUAGUGUACAGUCAACCAGGUGAUCCUGUGCAAGAUAUGAACUGUGAGGGUGCUGAAUGUGAUGAUCCUCCUAAUAUUCCUGCCACAAUGAUUCCAUACAACCAAGCCCUUCUCCAAAGUGUUCAAAAGGACUCCAUGAAUGUGAGCUUUCAGACAUCCCCAAGUGAGAACUUCUACUUUGCCAUUGAUCAGCAGGGAAAGCUUGCUGAAAUGGGUUGGUUGCUAUACCCAUCUUUCCAAUUCUUUGUAUGGCAAGCUCAAUGGUUUGACUACAAGACUGAGCUCGUGAAAAACCUAUCUCAAGAAGUAACAGUUAUACCAGUGAUCAAUGACACUAUCAUGCAAGGGCAUGCUGGUGUAGUCCAGACAGUUGACAUUCCAUCUUUACAAGAUGUCUCCAAGAUUGAGCUAGAUACUUCAUUAUCGUGUCCUGGGACUCGAGAUGAGUCGUGCCCACCAUGGGACCAUACAGUACAGCUAUACCUGUGCUGUGACAAGACAUCUCCACUCUGUGGCAUGGAGCUGGGUCGAUGGAUCACAGCAUUCAGAAGACGUAUUGGACGAUGGCUGACCGAUGUGACUCCAUUAGCUCCGCUCUUUACGUCUUCUCAGUGCACAUUCACAAUGAAAACUGCCUGGUGGGCCCAACCCUGGAAACCUUCCCUCAAUCUCAGACUUCAUAAAUCAGACAAGGUCCUAUCUGAAGGACAGCCGCGUCAAAUCCUUCCGCUCUUCCGAGGAGGUACAUUCAACCAGUCCUACAACACGCAGUAUCACCCAAUCAACUUCACAGUCCCCCAGACAGCUAAAAAGGUUAUCUUGUAUGCCGUGAUCACUGGGCAUGGAAGUGACAAUAAUGGCUGUGGAGAGUUUUGUGUGACAUCUCAUCAUUUCAUUGUUAAUGGUCAUCCAAAUGUCAACACCUUUACCAAUGCUGGUACCCCAAAUGGAUGUGCGGAAAGGAGCAUUACAGGCGUUGAACCCAACGAGCAUGGGACUUGGCUGUACGGACGGGACGGUUGGUGCGACGGAAGAGAGGUGGAUCCGUGGGUGGUUGACGUCACUUCUCAGAUCAACAUGGAGGGAUCCAACUCCAUCAAGUACUUUGGUUGGUUCAACGGAACUGACCCUAAUCCUACCGCUAAUCCCGGCGUGAUAAUCAUGUACUCCUACCUUGUUGUGUAUAGCUAGAAACCGGACUAUAUAAUCAAUUCCAUUCCAAGGGGAGUGUCUAAAUCCAUCGUCUUAUUCAUGCAGAUGAAUCUGGGCCCCGUCUUACAAAGAGGUACGAUUGAUCCAAUCAAAUGUAA